GGUGUGUGUGUGUGUGUGUGUGUGUUCAGAGUGAGAGAAGAAGAAGUUGUUCUGGAUUCUCCCGACGCCUCCAGCGCUGGGAAAUAGAGGCUCUCUGCAGUUUUGCUUCUGUAGUCUACACGCAUAAGCAAUGAGCACAGGAAGACGCACGGAUCCAGCGCUGAGUUUUUUUUGACGCGCUGUCUUUUUAAGGAAGUUCCACACCUUCGCUGUCAAUGUCAGCACAGGUAGUUCCAAGGAUCCCGGAAGAACUCGUAGUGCAGGUUGGCAGGUUGUUUGCAUAGCCUGUACUUGUAUUGCAAAGCGAGAGCGUGCUCAUGGACUUCUUAACUCUACCCAAAAAAUAGUUAUCCUCGCGUCGACUGUCAUAUUUUAGAGUAAAUGAACGCAAAGGAGAUGAAGGAACUAAAGAAGAAGAAGCUUUACGUAGUGAUGGACGUGCUGUGUGUUAUAGUCGCGGCACUGCCAUGCCUCAUCAUGACCCUCGUCUUUAAGCCUUACAUAAGAGGGGUUUACUGUGACGAUGAGAGCAUCAUGUACCCCAUAAAACAAGACACCAUUACUCAUGGCAUGCUGGCGGCGGUCACCAUCUCCUGCACUGUCAUCAUUAUCUGCUCUGGAGAGGCUUAUCUGGUCUACAGCAAGAAGAUUUACUCAAAUUCUGACUUUAACCAGUAUGUAGCUGCUCUCUACAAGGUAGUGGGUACCUUCUUGUUUGGAGCAGCUGUCAGCCAGUCGCUCACUGACCUUGCCAAGUUCACAAUUGGCCGCCCCAGACCCAACUUCAUGACCGUGUGUGCCCCCAAGGUCUGCACCGGAUACAUGCAGGUGAUCAACUGCACAGGCAGGCCUCAGGACGUCACAGAGUCCAGAUUGUCCUUCUACUCUGGCCACUCCUCUUUCGGGAUGUACUGCAUGCUCUUCCUAGCGCUCUACGUGCAGGCCAGACUGGUGGCUAAGUGGGCAAGACUUCUCCGGCCCACCAUCCAGUUCUUCCUGGUGGCCUUUGCAGUGUAUGUGGGUUACACCAGAGUCUCUGAUUACAAGCACCACUGGAGUGAUGUGCUGAUGGGGCUGCUGCAGGGAGCACUUGUUGCUGUACUUAAUGUGCGUUUUGUGUCAGACUUCUUCAAGAAGCGUCCUCCACAUUGCACCAGGAAAGAGACGGAUGAUAGCGAAGAGCCAGAGAGGAAACCCAGCCUGCAGAUUGCGGACUCUGACCAUAGCAACCAUUACAACUAUCACCACAAUCCAGGCACAGUUUGAUAUGGGCUGAUUCUAGAGGACAAAGGCUGCAGGCUGUAGACCCUAAACCUAAAGUUAUAAGGUCCCAAAUCUGGGUCUUCAACCUUUAUUGUGCAAUCAACAGUGUGUAGUUCAGGGAAUAACCUGGGUCAUUGGCUUUCCUGACUCCACUGCAGACUCCUGAUGCAAAGUGAGAAGUCAAAUUUUAGAAUGUUUUAUAAAUUCUGACCUUUGUAUAUCGUUUAGAAAGGAGUUAAGUUAGGAAUCAGGUCUGUAGCUUGCAGCUUCUAAGCCCUUACUUCCCUCCCUCUUUGUCAACCACUCACACCACCCUCCUUCUCCCCAACCACUGGACUGACUGAGAGGGGCUGCAUCUCAUCAGCAGGUGCAUGAGCCCCCUCUCAAAGACGCCAUAAUGACCUCCUUUUCUCCUGUAAGAGAGAGAGGGGCAUAUUAUUCCUAAGACAUCAUUGUUGAUGUUUCAGUGUAUGUGCGUAAAGCUGCAUUAAGUGAAAGACUCCAAACCCACAGCAACAAAGCUAUGAUAUAUCAAGAUACACUAAGUGCUCGUGGCUAAUGUGUGUUAGCUGCAUGCAGCAGAAACAGAGGAACAUGGGCAUCCCUUUAUGAGUCCUUUCCUGCCAACUGACAAUUGUUAUUCUGACUUUAACGUGCCUUUAUGCCACCACCUCCUUAAAAAAAGCUUCUCAGGCUGUGUUUGCAGGGAAAAUGCUCCCCACAAUUAAGUAUAUUGGGUGAAACCGCCUUAAAAUGCCUGAAUUCUGCCAAAAUCUGGGCUAUUUAGAUUUGGGUUUUUAGUCUGAGUGGGUUUAGCAAUAGAGGCAACUAUUUUAAUCGCCAGGAGUUUAUUGAUUUUAUGGAGUUUUAUUAAGGUUUUGGUAUGUUUUUAUAAUUUUGUAUGUAGACAACCACAUUUGUAAUGUAAUAUUUGAAGCAAAAAACACAAGGAUGUGAAACAUAUUGGUUAAGGCACUGUUUGUGGAUUAGCUUCAUGUAGUUGCACCUUUUAGUCUGGCGCCUCACCGGAAGAGCGUGUGUCAAAAUAAGAACACAUUUUAUUUCAAAUUGGCAAACAGAUCACAAUAUAUUAGAUUUUUUAAUUGUAUUUGUUUGAAAUUGAAUGCCACACAUACUCUGCUCAAAAAACAGAGAUGUACCGUUUAUGGACUUUACCAUGAUCCAGACUAGACGCAUCAUUCAAUGAUCUAACAUCACCUGACAAAUUGUUUCUUCCUGCUUUAACUGCCUCACAAACAGGUCUGAGGAUCUACUCUGACAAACAACACAAUGUUUUUAAAAGUGACCAUACAGGCUUGUCAUGCCUGGUGACUCAGGCUUUGUAACCCUAAUUCACCCUCAGUGGAUUUUUACGCCCAGUAGUUAUUCUUACUGCUGUCUCUUAAGUGACAUGUUGUAGUACUACCCAAGUUUCUCAAAAUAAGAGUCUAACUUCUCACUCAGCUGUAGGUAUACUUUUCUAAAAUGCAUAAAUUGAAUUGUGCUGUUUUUCAUUGAGGUUUCCCCUGUGUUAAACGGACUGCAGGGGUAGAAACCAUUGGAACAGAUCUAUGUGUCAUACCACUACUAUAUUUUAAAUUAAAUGUCAAGAAAUAUGGCAUCGAUCUUUCCUUCUAUUUUUUUAAAAGUUUUUUUCUAUAAAUAAGGACGAGACAACCAUUUUGAAAAUGGUUCAUUUAUUUGAAAUAUCAGAAGUUCUUUAGUUAGUCAUAUAAGGUUGGAGUGCUGUUAAGGUUUUUGUGCAAUCACCCCUGCUUGCCACUAUGAGCCACAAAUACUGUAUAUAAUAAUGCUAUAAGAUGAGUUUUGUGUUGUGUGAAGGAUGUAUAUAUACAUAUGCUUGUGUGUUUGUAUUUCACAUGUAGGUACAGUACAUUUUAAUUUCACCUGUACAAUGUGCUUUGGCCCGGGACCUCUUAGACUAGUGCCACACAAACAGAUCCAAUUCCAGGUCCAAACAAAAUCCAGAUGCCUUGGCGAGGCUUUUGAAGGCUGUUGUGAUGAUAAAGAGUUACAUACUUUACCCUGUUUUUGAAGUUUGUAACACUGCUCCAUUCCCACUUCAAAGUAUGGUCUGUGUUGCCUUUCCCCUUCCUGUGCUGAUAGAUGGGGUUAAUUUGGGAGUAAGAUCUCCUGUACAAUCCUCGUAUGCAGACCCCUGACAACACAUCAGACAGACCGCAAACCCGAUAGGAGGGGUAAGACAGGAAGACGAAUAGACUCUCACCUGGUUGUGAUUGUGAAGCCCUGAAGCUGAGAAGGGACUCGAGAAAAGGUGGGGUACUUUGCAGGGAGUGGGGUGUCCCAUGGUGAACUUGGGUCCCUGUGGACUUCUUCACAUUUAAAACACAGAUUUACAAAAAGAAACAGCUGGAACUGGUUGUGGUGAAGUGCCUUGUGUGCCCCCUCCCCUGAACCCCUACAUCUAAAUCAUGUGUGCAGCUUCACUAACAGCCCAGAGGAGGAUGUAGAAACUUCAUGGUAUUUGAUUCCCCUCCAGCUUCAUGGAAACCGAAGGUUCUCAGCUGUCUCCAUGUGUUAUUGUGCUUCAUUGAAUUAAUGCGUCUGAGGAGGCACUGGUUGUCCAAUCUCCUGUUUGUUUAAUUCAUAUUGUUUGCUUUUUCUAUUAAGUUUACAUCAAUAGGUUCUAAACUAGAUGAUUUAAAAUAAAGCUAUUAUACACAUUCA